CCGGCCAAUGCGCAUGCGUCUAGCCUAGCGCGUACCUGCUGGGCUAGUGCGGUUCAGGCGUUCAUGGACUGGAGCAGAGGCUUUGUGGAUUGUCACUGUCACCUGUCUGCGGCAGAGUUCAGCCAUGACAUCGAUAAUGUCUUGGAUGAAGCCAAAGCUGCCGGUGUGCAGGCUCUUGUGGCUGUUGCAGAACAUUCAGCAGAGUUUGAAAAAGUAAUUCAGCUUUCUAGACGGUAUCCAGAUCUGGUCUUCCCGUGUCUAGGAGUGCACCCGGUCCAAGCUUCAAAUGCAGAGCAGCAACGCAGUGCGAAUCUUAAGGAUUUAGAAGAUGCUCUCCCUUUGAUAGAACACUACAAAGAUGACUUGCUGGCUAUUGGAGAGGUGGGUUUGGAUUUCACGCCACGGAUAGCGAACACAGACGACCAGAAAGAAGAGCAACGUCAGGUGUUCAUCAGACAGAUUCAACUGGCCAAGCAGCUCGGCCUGCCUCUAAAUGUUCAUUCGCGUUCAGCUGGAAGACCAACUAUUAACCUCUUAAAGGAACAAGGGGCUGAGCAUGUCCUCCUCCAUGCAUUUGAUGGGAAGCCAUCAGUGGCGAUGGAAGGUGUCAAAGCUGGGUAUUAUUUUUCCAUUCCCCCCUCAAUCAUCAGAAGUGAGCAGAAGCAGAAGCUGGUGAAGCAGCUGCCUCUAGAGAACCUGUGUUUGGAGACAGACUCCCCGGCUCUGGGACCAGAGAAGCAGAUUAGAAAUGAACCCAAGAACAUAACAUACGCUGCCGAGUAUAUCGCCAAGGUCAAAGGAAUCUCAUUGGAAGAAGUUACUCAUGUCACUACUGAGAACGCCUUGAGAUUGUUCCCCAGACUGCUGCGGGCCGUCCAGAAAUAAAGACACUUUUUAGUGAUAUGAGCCGAAGUUACUGACAGCUGAGGCUCGGCUACAAAAUCAGUUGUUAAAGCAGGGGAUCGCUGCCCACGGUGGCUUAAAGGGAUUUCACGGGUUGCAAAUACUGAUAACCUGUCUUGUGUAGGUGGGGGUCUGACACCAGGCACCCCCCCAAAAUCAGGGCGCCGGAAGUAGCAUUUUGAUUGAAGCCCAAAACGUAGUUGCAUUCAAAGUGUAUGGCUGGUCUGCCAUUCAAUGAAGGUAACCCGGUACGGCCACCGCACUUCAAGUGGAGUUCAGCUUACGGCUUCUUUCAAAGUGCUAGUUCCUGCAGAUCGGUGGAGGUGCCAUGUGUCGGACCCACGCCGAUUGGAUAUCGAAGACCUAGCCAUAGGAUAAGCCAUCGUUAUUGGAAAACCCCUUUAAAGAGAAGCAAGUGGAAAAUGAUAAGGCCCGCCAUCACUAAUGAAGACUGUCUUCAGCUACCAAUAUUAAAGGGGUGUUCCGGCUUCAGAAUACUUCAGGAUAGGCCAUCGGUUGGAGUCCGACUCUUACCGAUCAGCUGUUUGAAGGGGCCGCGGCACUCAUCUGAGCCUCUUCAAUGUUUAGUGCUUGCUGUCGACAUAGUAGAGCCGGGGCAGGGUCAUUACAGCAUCAUCCCAUUCAUGUUAAGGGGGUGUUCACUUGGAAUCCGCGCCGAAUUCUGUCUGCAGCGGAGAAAAUGUGCAAGAAAUCCACACAUAUUAAAAUCUCAUCCCAGGGGCAGACUGGCCAUAGAGCCUGGUGGGCCGAUGGUCAGGGGGCCGCCUAAGCCAUCUUCACAGCUGUCGCCCAGGUGCAUAACAAUCUGAUGUUUUCAUCGUUAAUACUAAGAGCCUCAGGUAUUUGUGUACCCAGGCAGCCGCCACAGGUGCCCUCUUGAAUUUAACUGUAUUGUCGUCCUCAGGACAGCAAGGGUCCAUUCACACGUCCGUAUGUGUUUUGCGGAUCCGCAAAACACGGACACCGGCAAUGUGCAGACCGCACAUCGCCGGCACUCUCAUAGA